AUGGGUGGCUUGGGGUAUCUUCGGACGGCACCGGAAUGUAGACAGAGAAUUAAAACUCUUAAAAGAAACUACUUUAAUGCAAAGAACAGCAACAAAUCGAGUGGAAAUGGCAGAACAACUUGUAGAUAUUAUGAUGAACUUGAGGACAUUUUAGGAGGGCGCCCGGCAGUAACUCCACCAAAAGUUAGAGACUCCUCUGAAAACCAUAGCUCGAGAAAAAAUUCUUCUGUUGAAUGUAGUGAGCCGGAAGAUGAAGAUGCCUCUGGGAAAAUCAGAAAAAGUAAUGAGAGCCUUAUGGCUAUGUUAAAAGAACAGCAAAAAGAGUUUUUAUCAAAUGAAUCAAAGAGAUGGGAGGAAGAAAAGGCUCGAGAGGAGAAAAUGAGAAAAGAGGACAAGGAACAUGAGCUGAAACUAUUUUCUAUGUUUGCUACAAUUCUUAAAGGACAGCCAUCAUCCCAAAUUACAUCAUGUCAUGCAUCAUCAGUAUCGUCAUUCCCUUCUUCAUCAUUCCAGGAUUGAUC